GUGAAUCCAGGCCGCCAAGCCAGUUGCAUUUACUAGGGUAUCUACUGUACGUGUAUGGGGCUUGGCUCGAAGCGAGGUUGGAAGCCUUGAUAUCAAAACAAACGGUACCCGAAGUGAACCCUCUGGUUGCCUUUUUGGCAUGUCCUCCAUUGUAGCAUCAAAGCUGCAUUUGAUCCUUGAAAGACGAAAUGUUGGUGUGGCACGCUGCCUCGGGCUUGAUGUAAAGGAAGUCGCCAAUCCAACGGGAGAGAAGAGCCUGACUAGUAGUUGGGUCGGUGACGACCAGCGAAUCCCAAGUGUUGUAUGUCCCUCUUUUUUAUUCUUUUUAUUUUUCUAUUUUUUUAAGGUGCGGUGCAAUCUUGCUUUGUACCUGUCUCUCUUUCAUUUGCUAAUUCUGACCGUCUUUUGCUUCUUGGUUCCUGUUGUUGAACCAGGAGCGGUGGAGUGGAUAAUGUGGGUGAUGAGAUCUGGGUUUCUGGUACGUUUUUAUCUGGAGAUACAGGUACCGCUGCAUACUUAGCCUAUGGGACCGGUAUAAACAACCGCUACUGAAAUAAACAUAGAACGCCGGCCCAGACAGAUUGAGUAUAACUAGACAAAAAGAAUUUCAACCUGACAGAAAAGCACAAAGGUGAUGUAAUGAAUAUAGGUCUUUCGGCCCAUCGAUCCAUUUAGCUUGCUGUGGACUGACUGACUGACUUUUCGGAGAAA